AUGCUUCUGUUGAAAUAUGCCCGUUUCUUUCUUUCUAUUCUUCUACACAUUUAUUUGACUUUUUCUUUCUUUCUUUCUUUCUUUCUUUCUUUCUUUCUUUCUUUCUAUUCUCCUACACAUUUAUUUGAUUCUUUCUUUCUUUCUUUCUUUCUUUCUAUUCACCUACUCUUUUGUUUGAUUCUUUCUUUCUUUCUUUUCUUCUACUCUUGUUUGAUUCUUUCUUUCUUUCUUUCUAUUCACCUACUCUUUUGUUUGAUUCUUUCUUUCUUUCUUUCUUUUCUUCUACUCUUGUUUGAUUCUUUCUUUCUUUCUUUCUUUCUUUCUUUCUUUCUUUCUUUCUAUUCACCAACUCUUUUGUUUUUCUUUUCUUUCAAAUAUUUUCUUUCUUUUCUUUCUUUGUUUGAUUCUUUCUUUCUUUCUUUCUUUCUUUUUUCUUUCUUUUUUCUUUCUUUCUUUUUUUUUCACCUAUUCUUUUCUUUGAUUUUCUUUCUUUCUUUUUUCUUUCUUUCUUUUCUUUUUUUCUUCUUUUGUUUGAUUCUUUCUGCUUUCUUUCUUUCUUUCUUUCUUUCUUUUUUUCUUUCUAUUUACCUACUUUUUGUUUGA